GGGGGUGGUGUGGAGACCGCACGCCUGCAAGCAUGAGAUUCCAACGGCUCCUUUGGACCUGGCUUUUGCUCCUGACUGGGAUGCUCCUUAUCGACGGACAGAGGCCAGUUAACCUGGCUGCAAGACGAAAACUGCACAGACAUCACUGUUCCCACCGGCGAUGCAUGCCACUGCACUCUAGAGUGCCGUUUCCAUGAGACCUGCCUUGGCUACAAUGCUCAGCACCCGACUUCACUAGUAGAGUGGUAUUUUGCUUGUUUUGGUAAAGAAAUGUUGACUAUCUCAGUACAAUAAUUUAAAAUCCAGUUCAGUUUCCACUCCCUCAGAACACUGUCUUUACCAACUGCUGGGACAAGAAAUGAAGAAGGGAAGUCCAAAUGACAACAUUUGAUAGCAACACUGUUGUAAGUUAGGCAGGUGUCCCAUAAGCAAUUAUCAGGAAGCAUUGGAAAACCUUAAUAUAAGCCUGUUGUAACAAGCUUCACAGAGGUUUAAGGUUUCUCUAAACAGGGUGGAAACAAGGAAGAACAAAGUGGUCCUGCCUGGGAGCUCUGGAGAAUCAUCAGUGCAAUACGAUAGCUAUUCUUCUUUGUGUGUCAACAAUGCACUCUAGUAGCCAGGAAGCAAACUUUACAAUAUUAGAACAGCUAUGGUGUCUUUUAAAUAACUAUUGGUGUCUUGUGUUUAUUACUUAGCCAUUCAUGUGUCUCUCUAUAUAUUUAAUACCCAGCUAGGAAUAUGCAAGGAUUAAGCUAUUGAUUCAUAAAUAUGAUGGUUAAUAUUGGUAAAAAUGUAUAUGGGGCUAUUAAAACCACAGCUAUUCAACUCAGCUGACAUUGCUAGUGCAUUCUUAUUUUCAAGUGGAAAAUUCUUAAAUACUAAUUAACCUUACCUUGAAAGGCAUACAUGUAUCUUUGAACUUUUCUUUGGGAGUGCAAAGGUUUAUCAGCUAGAAAACUUUGCAGGACCAGGAUCUUAACAGAUUUGUUUUCCUUUACAUAUCCUCAAGUGUCUUUGUACUAAUUUUAACAAGUUUACAGCUAUUAUAGAGCAUAUGUUGAGAUUCAUUUUUUUCUUUAAAGCAUGUUUGUAACUGUAUAUGUUGUAAAAAUUAUACUUCAGAUAGCAUAGUCAUAUUAAAAUGUGUACAUUUUUUAAUUUUUGUAUUCUGUACAUGAAAAUUACCCACAUGCAAAGACAAAUUAAAUAUGUGUGUAAUCUGUUUAUAAAUUUCAUUAAGGGAUCAAUGUAAACUUUAAUAAUCUAUAAGGCAAAAUAAAAUAUAGCUUGAAUCAUG